AUGAGGUGGUACGGCCUCCUUUCUCGCUUCGCAGCGGCGAUGCUGUUCCUCGCUCUGCAGACGCAGGCUGUACAAAUCAGCAUCGACGGCUCGCGUCUGGCCGAGUACAUCCACGUCUUGAGCACGCUCUCCGAGUCGCACGCAGGUACGAUGCCGGCGUACCGUUUCGGAUCCUUGCCGGACGGAACUGCCUUUGUCAAGACCGCCGAGGGCGAGCGCGGAUUCCCGCCCGUCGUCUACCGCACCCUGCGGGAAUGGGAGCUGCGUUUCGAGGAUAUCUCGAAGCGUCGCGGCAUGGCCUCGCCGUCGACCGCCAGCGUCGAGCAGGCGGAGCAGGCGGGAUCUCACUUUGACGCCGUCGCCGAGCCCCAGCGUGGCGCUGCUCCGGCGCGAUCGGGACUGCCUCCCCGUUCCCGUCCCCGUUCCCGAGCCGGUGCGAGCGGGAGCGAAAGUGCACCCGCUCCGCCCGACCUGAUCUCGCCCAUGGACCCGCGUCAUCCCUGGAGAGGCAACUACGUCUCCCAGCCCACGGCGGCGCAGUAUGACCGCGAUGGCGAAGACCUGCUGCCCUACUUUGAGGAACAGGCGCGUGGUCGCAACUUCUAG